UUUUAAUUAAAUUCAAGUUUGUCGCCCGUCCUGACACUUUUCGCGGUCAGCCAUAUAGCCGUAUAGCCGUACAGCCGUACAGUCCGCCGGAGAGCGAGAGAGAUGGCCGGAGAGUGGGUGAGCCAGAAAGAGAGAGGGAGGGAGAGUGAAGGCCCCCAAGGGGAUAUAGAUAGAUAGGAGCGGGCUCUUCGUAAUCGUUGGAACCGUCCCGAUGGCACUGGGGCAAUUGGAAAACGGCUCGUUCAGUUGGUGGACGCCAGUUGUGCGGUUCGCUCGGUGCCUCCUUUUGAUUCAGCUCGAUUCUAGACUAGAAUCUAGAAUCGCGUGCGUGCCGCGUCGUUCGUGUGACAUCCCCCAUAUAUAUAGUAAUAUAUACAUAUACUAUACGCAUGUAUAUCUGUGGCCCCGUCCCCACCCCCAAAAGUUCGUACAAAUUGCAAAUUCACAUGCGUAUGUGCAGUGAUUCACCGAAUGAGUGCGUUGGCCUCUGGCCGAGAGUUGUGAAUACCCAGUGAAUACCCCGUGAAUGGCCAGUGAAUGCAGGCUAUAGCCACAACUGUAAUCAGAUUGUAUACGUGUAGUUAUGGAAUUCGGUUCUAUGGAUCGUAAGAUCGGAGCUGUGUAGUCGGCCUUUGCCCAGUGUUAUGAGCACUUUUGUCGCCGUGCGUGUGUCGGAGGAAAAGAUCACUUUAAAAAUAACAGAUUUGUUUGAUGCUAUUUAUAAUAGGCGGGCCAAGUUUUCGUUCCGUUUCGCAUUGUGAGGCUGAGGCCUUUGGGUGUUCAGCGAUCUCGGUGGAUCAUUCGUAUCUUUCGGAUUUCCCAGCGUCUUUUAUUCUCUGGCACUCGCCUGCACUUGAACGCCAUUCGAAUAUCGCGGCAAUAUUAAUUUGACAGCGUUUGUGUGCCAGUGUCGCAAUGUAAACAGCCAAAAUGGCAAGCGGUUUGAUCGACACCAAUUUCAGCAGCACAUUGACAAAUGGGAUGUCGGGGUGUGAUCAAAGCACUGUCGAAUCAUUGGCCGACGAUCCAACAGAUUCACCAUUCGACGCCGAUGAUUGUCUCAAGGUGCGCAAGUACUGGUGCUUUCUGCUGUCCAGCAUCUUUACAUUCCUUGCUGGCCUGCUCGUGGUGCUACUAUGGCGAGCCUUCGCCUUCGUCUGCUGCCGCAAGGAGCCGGACCUGGGGCCCAACGACCCCAAGCAGAAGGAGCAGAAGGCCUCCCGCAACAAACAGGAGUUCGAGGGCACCUUUAUGACAGAAGCGAAAGACUGGGCUGGAGAGCUUAUCUCGGGUCAAACAACAACUGGUCGAAUUUUGGUCGUACUCGUAUUUAUACUCAGCAUUGCAUCCCUCAUUAUAUACUUUGUUGAUGCAUCUAGCGAAGAAGUCGAAAGAUGCCAAAAGUGGAGUAACAACAUUACUCAACAGAUCGAUCUCGCAUUCAAUAUAUUUUUUAUGGUUUACUUUUUUAUACGAUUCAUAGCGGCGUCCGAUAAGCUUUGGUUUAUGUUAGAAAUGUACAGUUUUGUAGAUUAUUUUACAAUACCCCCGUCCUUCGUAUCAAUAUAUUUAGAUCGAACAUGGAUCGGUCUUCGAUUUCUUCGAGCGCUACGUCUCAUGACUGUUCCAGAUAUUUUACAAUAUUUAAACGUACUAAAAACAUCGAGCUCCAUACGCUUGGCUCAACUAGUAUCAAUUUUUAUAUCCGUGUGGUUAACAGCAGCGGGCAUUAUACAUCUGCUGGAGAACUCUGGCGAUCCGCUGGAUUUUAAUAAUGCUCAUCGUUUAUCGUAUUGGACCUGUGUCUAUUUCCUAAUUGUGACCAUGUCAACGGUAGGAUAUGGUGACGUUUACUGUGAGACUGUCCUGGGAAGAACAUUUCUCGUGUUCUUUCUGCUCGUCGGCUUGGCGAUUUUUGCAAGUUGUAUACCUGAGAUUAUAGACUUGAUUGGAACAAGAGCCAAAUAUGGGGGCACAUUAAAAAAUGAAAAAGGGCGAAGACAUAUUGUGGUAUGCGGUCAUAUAACAUACGAAUCCGUGUCGCAUUUCCUGAAGGACUUCCUCCACGAAGAUCGGGAGGAUGUCGAUGUCGAAGUGGUCUUUCUCCAUCGCAAAGAGCCUGACCUGGAGCUAGAGGGACUGCUGAAGCGUCACUAUACCACAGUGGCCUUUUUUCAGGGCACUAUGAUGAACGCAGUCGACCUGGAGCGAGUCAAGGUUCAUGAAGCCGACGCCUGCCUCGUGCUAGCUAACAAAUAUUGCCAAGAUCCCGACGCAGAAGAUGCUGCCAACAUCAUGAGAGUCAUCUCGAUCAAAAACUACAGCGACGACAUUCGAGUCAUCAUCCAGCUGAUGCAGUACCACAAUAAGGCGUACUUGCUGAACAUACCAUCGUGGGACUGGAAACAGGGCGACGAUGUCAUCUGCCUGGCCGAACUCAAGCUGGGCUUCAUUGCCCAGAGUUGUUUGGCGCCCGGGUUCUCGACCAUGAUGGCCAACCUGUUCGCCAUGAGGUCGUUCAAGACGUCACCAGACACACAGGCCUGGCAAAAUGAUUAUCUUCAAGGUACAGGGUGUGAGAUGUACACCGAAACCCUAUCACCUUCAUUUACCGGCAUGACAUUCCCACAAGCCAGCGAACUGUGUUUCUCCAAGCUGAAGCUCCUGCUGCUGGCCAUCGAGAUCAAGGGCGCCGAGGAGGGGGCGGACAGCAAGAUUUCCAUCAACCCUCGGGGGGCCAAAAUCCAGGCCAACACCCAGGGUUUCUUCAUAGCACAAAGCGCCGACGAGGUGAAGCGUGCCUGGUUCUACUGCAAGGCGUGUCAUGAGGACAUCAAGGACGAGACGCUGAUCAAGAAAUGCAAAUGCAAGAACUUGGCCACCUUCCGGAAAGGCGUCCGAGCCGUACAAAUGGUUGGGCGUGCAAAAGACGAUGAAUACUCGUUGUCAAAUGAACACCAUCCUGCACCCACAUUUACGCCUCCAGAGCUACCCAAGCGGGUGCAUGUGCGUGGAUCUGUAUCGGGUGAUAUCACUCGUGACAGAGAAGAUACGAAUCUACUCAAUCGCAAUGUGCGCCGUCCGAAUGGCACCGGCAACGGUACAGGUGGCAUGCACCACAUGAACAACACGGCAGCGGCGGCUGCAGCAGCUGCGGCGGCGGGAAAACAGGUGAACAAGGUGAAGCCCACGGUGAACGUGAGCCGGCAGGUGGAGGGCCAAGUGAUAUCGCCAUCGCAGUACAACAGGCCACCAGAGAAUGAUGCUAACCCUUAUGCGGGCUAUCAACUUGCUUACGAAGUUAAAAAGCUCAUGCCGACGAGUCGCAGUUCCGGUACGGGCACUCAGAAUCAAAACGGCGGCGUAUCCUUGCCCGCCGGCAUUGCGGACGACCAGUCGAAGGACUUUGAUUUCGAGAAGACCGAAAUGAAGUACGACUCGACGGGAAUGUUCCACUGGAGUCCGGCAAAGAGCUUAGAAGACUGCAUACUGGAUCGCAACCAGGCGGCCAUGACCGUGCUGAACGGCCACGUGGUCGUGUGCCUGUUUGCCGAUCCCGAUUCGCCGCUGAUCGGGCUGCGGAAUCUGGUGAUGCCGCUGCGGGCGUCCAACUUCCACUACCACGAGCUGAAGCACGUGGUCAUUGUGGGCUCGGUGGACUACAUCCGGCGCGAGUGGAAGAUGCUGCAGAACCUGCCCAAGAUCUCGGUGCUCAACGGAUCGCCGCUGAGUCGAGCCGACCUGCGGGCCGUGAAUGUCAAUCUGUGUGAUAUGUGCUGCAUCCUGUCGGCGAAAGUUCCUAGCAACGACGAUCCCACGCUGGCCGACAAGGAGGCGAUCCUCGCCUCGCUGAACAUCAAGGCCAUGACCUUUGACGACACGAUCGGUGUGCUCAGCCAGCGCGGCCCGGAGUUCGACAACCUGAGCGCCACCGCCGGCAGUCCCAUUGUGCUGCAGCGGAGGGGCUCGGUGUAUGGCGCCAAUGUGCCCAUGAUAACAGAACUGGUCAAUGAUAGUAACGUGCAGUUUCUCGAUCAAGACGACGACGAUGAUCCAGAUACAGAACUAUAUCUGACGCAGCCUUUCGCCUGCGGCACAGCCUUCGCUGUGAGUGUGUUAGACUCGCUGAUGUCCACGACUUACUUCAAUCAAAACGCCUUAACGCUGAUCCGCUCACUGAUAACGGGUGGCGCCACGCCCGAGCUGGAACUGAUCCUGGCCGAGGGAGCUGGCCUCCGCGGAGGCUACAGCACCGUGGAGAGUCUGAGCAAUCGAGACAGAUGUCGAGUGGGUCAAAUCUCGCUGUACGACGGUCCGUUGGCUCAAUUUGGGGAGUGCGGCAAGUACGGGGAUCUGUUUGUGGCAGCCCUCAAGUCGUACGGAAUGCUGUGCAUCGGACUAUACCGAUUCAGGGAUACCAGCUCCAGUUGUGAUGCGAGCAGCAAACGUUAUGUAAUAACCAACCCACCCGAUGACUUUUCACUACUGCCAACAGAUCAGGUAUUCGUUUUAAUGCAAUUCGAUCCGGGCCUGGAGUACAAGCCGCCAGCGGUACGAGCACCUGCCGGCGGACGAGGCACCAACACACAGGGUUCCGGGGUCGGUGGGGGCGGCUCCAACAAGGAUGAUAACUCUUGAUUGUUACUGUGUAGCGCCUUAACUGAUGGUCCUUAUUCGUACAUUUGAACGAUGGAGAAGCUGAUCGAAGGCAGAGCAGCGCAUUUGUGGCAACGCACCCACAACUACCUAUUGGCAUAAGAUAUUUGAUACUCGACAAGGCGACAACAAAUCGGCAGCGAAAAAAAGACAUAUUUGUAUGUAAAUCGAUUGUACCGUGUACAAAAGUGAAAUCAAAAGCGUUAAUAAGUUAGAGAAUACGACCAUAACUUGCGUGCCAUGAAAUGCGCUGCUCUGCUCUUUUAUGUGUGUGAAGGCAUGCGGCUCGGUGUAUUUUGUCCAUCCAAACUAACAAUCAAGAGACAACCGGAACCGGAACCACUGACCACCAGAUCAACGUCGACGGCAAUGCCGCCUGUCUCCACACAUAUAAAAAGCUAAUCCGGAUCGGGGGACCAAGAACUUAGCCCUGAUAUCCAUCGUUCAACUGCCAACUGAUUGCUUCCCACAUCAUUCCGUAUGCCUUUUUAGAACCUUGAAAUUAUCAUAUUCUGUAUAUCUAUAAUUUUAGUCUUGCAACUACAUUGGUUGAUUUUGUAUCCUUGUUUAUCCCUCUUAUUUUGUAAUCAACAUUGUGUGCCCCAAUAAAAUAUUCGUAUUAUUAUUUGACUUUUAAGUUGGUUUGUCAUAUGGUUUGCCCCCAAUUUCGUCUUCAAGCAACAAUCAUUAGUUAUACUUAUGGGUAUGUAUUUACGUAUGAGUGCUGUCGACUAUCAUUUACAUUUACAUUUACAUUUAUACUUAAGAAUCAUUUACCACUAAUUUUCGUUUACAUUUUGAGUUCACUUCAUGGCGCUAUCAUUGCAUAAGAAACAAUUGAAAAUUGAAUUCUAAACGAAAAUCCAUCUCAAUGGUGUGACGUAAGCAAUUGGGAACCAUUAGUGAGGUAAGCUACACAUUAAACUAGGAAACAAGGAAUACUGAGCGAAAAACAAGAAACUACCAAAAACUACAAACUAAGUCUACUCGAUCUGUGUACUCUCAUGUCUCAAAAUCUAUCUCUAAGUCGCUGAAUGCGGCCACAACGCAACAAUUUAUAUCGAACACACCAAUUAAACACUGCAAACAAUGCAUUGCGGAUUGCUUUUGGCUGAGAUACAGAUACUGAUAGCGACAAACAGAUACAAGGCAAUGAGGCUAAAAUUCAAAAACUGCAUUUAGAAGUUUCUGAGCAUGCGCAAAACGAUUUAUAUAGAGCAGAGCAUAUUGUAAUAAUUCAACUUUUAAUGUAAACCUAAAAACACAAAUAUCGAUUAAUGACAUUUAACACCUAAAGCCAACAAUCUGCUAGCUAAUUCGUAUGCCUAAAACAAAUACACAUAUGGCUCGACCUGAUCCUUUAUGAAAGCCAGAGAAAACAUGGUUGUUUCUACCGAAGAAUCGCCCAAUCAAGGCUGUUUUGAGGCAAAUACUAAACCAUAUGCAAAGUACUACACUUAACUAGAGGAGUCUCAGCUUUUUCACUCGACGCAAGUCAAAUUUGCUAAUUGCUAAUUCUAAAUUGAACAACAACUUCUUACAUUCACAUCUCUACACAAAAAAAAAAAA